AUGUCAUUAAAUAUCAAUUUAGAUGUGAAUGCAUCGUCGACUUCGGCCACCGUGAUAACAACCUCCACGUCAUCGGCAACAAAAUUCAUUCCACGCACCACGUUUCUGGACAAUUUUUCGGACACGCUUAUCGUGUACGGCAACGAGGUGACAAGUGUCAGUAACAGCAACACCUACAGCAGCAGUGACUUUAGUAGUUCAUUUUUCGACGAUUUUGCACGCGUCAACACCACAACGCUCGUGCUGGAUCCCGUGCUAAAUGCCACGAAAACGAAUGCAACGAGUAGCGAAAAUAGCUACCAAAAUAGCAUAAUAAUACCGUUGUACGCUGUGAUUUUCGGGUGCUGUGUUAUCGGAAACCUGCUGGUGAUAUUGACACUGGCACAAAACAAGCGGAUGCGGACUGUGACAAAUGUGUAUCUAUUAAAUUUGGCAAUCUCAGACUUGCUGUUGGGCGUUUUCUGCAUGCCAUUCACAUUGGUGGGACAAAUUCUGAGGAAUUUCGUCUUCGGCAAAAUAAUGUGUAAGCUGAUACCGUACUUUCAAGCAUCUUCGGUAUCUGUUGCUGUGUGGACUCUCGUUGCCAUCUCACUGGAACGCUAUUUCGCCAUUUGUCGUCCAUUGUCCUCGCGUCGCUGGCAAACACGAUCGCACGCCUACAAAAUGAUUGGUGUCGUGUGGUUUCUCAGUUUGUUGUCGAACUCGCCGUUGGUCUUUGUGCAGCAAUUGCAGCCCAUGAAAAAUACCGCUUCUGAGGCGAUGAAAUGUCGCGAAGUAUGGCCAAGUCGAUCCUCCGAACGAACUUAUGUGAUUUUCCUGGAUAUCGCGUUGCUGCUUAUUCCGCUCCUCUCGAUGGGAAUCGCUUAUUCGUUGAUUGUUUCCAAGUUGUGGCGUGGUUUGCGACGCGAAAUGAAGCACACAACAUCAAAAAGUUUCCAUUUGCAAGAGCAAUCUCCGAGUCUGCUGAACAACGAAAAUGGAUUGCUGAUACACAAUGGGACGCUUUCCGAGCCGCUUACCUGCACAACAUCGCUUAAUCUGCCAAAUAAGACAAACAACCGAGUUAUGCAGUCGACGCAGUAUUUGAACCAGUACAAUGGAGCGUCGGGCAAACAAUCGUCAUCCGUGUUUGUCGGUCGAAAAAGUAAAUUUUCGAAUUCGACGAGGUAUCAAAAGACGUCAGCGACGCAUUUUCUGCAGCAGCAGCAGCAGCAACAAAAUCAGAAAAAGGACACUGUCAAGUUGUGGUUACUCAAAGGUUUCACAACGACAAAACCACUCAAGUCUGCCUUAAAACCAACGAAUCCCAGCCAAGUGAAUUAUUCGUCGUCACAGAACAAGGUACGGAUGGCAACGGAUGUCUCCAUCACCGAAAGUGAAAUGUGUGAUGCGGCACCGGAAGCGAAAGAUGAGCCAUCUACGGAACCAAGACUACGACGACAAGCCAUACGUUCAAAUUACAUGGACAAAAGUAUCGAAGCCAAAAAAAAGGUCAUUCGAAUGUUAUUUGUGAUAAUUGUAGAAUUUUUUGUGUGUUGGGCCCCACUUCAUAUCCUGAAUACGGUUUAUCUGUAUUCACCAGCCUUUGUGUAUUCAUACUUCAACAAUACCGGGAUUGCACUGAUUCAAUUGAUGGCGUACAUCAGUUCGUGUUGCAAUCCAAUUACAUACUGCUUCAUGAAUCGCAGAUUUCGCGCGGCAUUUCUUGCCAUUGUCAAUUCAUACAAAUGCAGUUCAUGCAUCAGAUGCAACGCAGAUGCCGGAGAUAACGAGUGUGCACAAUCACAAAUGUACAGCCUCAACAAUCGAAAUUUUAUGCCAGUACCAUGCAAUUCCGAUGCAUCAAAUAACUCAAACUCGGGCAUUUUUGCCGGCAGAAAUAGUGGCUUGCAGCGUUCUGAGCUUCUCGUGUUGAACGACGAGGAUCGUAUCAUCGAAACAGAUCCAUCAGAUGCUUCAUUUCGUUUUCGAAUCACGUGGUCAAAACAUUGCUCGGUGCGUUAUAAUUGCAGCAAAUCCAGUAAAAAUGGCAGCAGUAACAAUGGCGUUAAUGGCAAAUUACUCACCAUUAACGGGAAUGGCGUUUCAGGUUGUGAAAAUGAGCGUUACUCAUAG